AUGGUUAAAAAACUGUUUGGUUUUAACAAAAAGAACGGUAUCAGAGGCCACUCUGAGUCAGAUAAGGAAAAGAAUGAAGGCGUUGGUUCUAGAAAUAACUCUACCGAUAAUAAGGCAGAAUCUUCUAUUCAUGAUGAUAGAUCCACAAGAAUAAGCUCUUCGGUACAAUCUUCCUCAAUAUUUUCAAAAGGGAGGAGAACAUAUAACUCCGGAGAUUCCUCACUAAGGUCGUCUACCGGAAAGAACGGUAACCCGGUAAAUGAAUACCGGGAUCUUGGGACACCUUUGAGAAUUAUUGAUUCCUCAAGGUAUGCUUCCCUUGCAACCGUCAAUGAAGAAGAACAGUCCACAACUGAUCAGAGUCUUGACUGUCCUGUGGUGUACUCAAAUCAAAAUAGCAACAAGGAAAUUCUUACAAUGUCCAACGAGAGUCACUAUUUAGUGAAAGCUAUCAAAAAUCUUGAGAACAAUUUAUUAGAUCUAAUGGACGAUGUUCACCAAAAUGUUACAAAUAUAUCAAGAGCGGUUAUAUGUGCAACUGAAUACUUCAAAAACUUUAUACAGGAAACAUCACUACCAAGUUUAACAAAUGGAACAGUAAACUAUAGAGUAAAGAUGGAAUCCUGCCCAUCUGUAAGAGGAAUAACCAAGAUAAUAUUUCACUUUUAUGAUAACUUGCUUAAUACAGAAGCGUAUUCCAAUUCAAGAUCCAUCUUAUUUAGGCGUUAUCUUUCAUUUCUCAAGAAAUUAGAGAUUCAACAAGAUACUACAGAAAGAGACGCCCAAGCGAUGGUUUUACCUUCCUUGAAGAUUUUUCCAAUUGAUGACAGCUGUAAUUUACCUCAUAAGGAUAGAAUCUAUGAGAUCAUGGAGGAUAUUAUUAAGUCUGAUACUAAAUUAUUAUCUGAAGAUGAGGGCUCUUUUAUUGCGGCCGUUCUAAGAGGUGUAGAGAAAGACGCAUCGAUAUUAAGUAUAGUGUUUGGGUUACCAACGAUAAGGCAAGAGCAUCAAGAAAUGAUAAAGGCACUAUAUGGCCUAUUUCCCGAUGUCCAUUUCUAUUGUAUCCAAGACUACAUUAAACCAGCUGCUACUACUGCAAUAAUGCCCGAAUUAAAAGGAACCCAACAACUGAAUAAUAUCAAUAAAGAAGAACAAAGUUACAGGUUUUCACCACCUUAUAGAACUCUUGAAAAUGGCAACACGCCGCCUAUUUCACUAUCUAUAUCCACCCAAAAUAGUUUAAAAAUGUCUGGCACAUUAGGUGGAUAUGUGUAUCCUCAAGUCGACAGUGACUCUAAACUGGCCCAGUAUGCAGGUGCUACAUUUGCGAUUACCUGCGCGCAUGUGGUUCUAGCAGAAUCACAAGACUAUCCAGAAGUUGCUGUGCCGUCUCGAGUUCUACAAAAAUCAUACCACAAGACUUUGUUAGAAGAAUCAUCUAGAUAUCCUCAGGGCUCGAAGGAACAAAGAGCAUUCGCUGAUGAAGCCCUACAAGUAGAGAGGAGUAUGAAACUACAGAAUCAGGAGAAGUUUGGACAAGUAGUAUGGGGGGAAAGAUCCAUAAUAAAUCAACGUCUUUCAGAUUUUGCCAUUAUAAAAGUCAACCCUUCCAUGGACUGCAAGAAUUUCCUAGGGAAUAAUCUAGCUCAGGUGCCUGAUCCUACUUUAAAGUUCGAAAACGUGUAUGUGAAAAAGAAGAUCAUGAAGAUACAACCAGGGACAAAAGUGUUCAAGAUCGGUGCUUCUACUGGCUACACGACAGGUGUUGUCAACGCUGUCAAGCUAAUCUACUGGGCCGACGGUAAACUACAAAGUAGUGAAUUCAUAGUUUCAUCACCGCAACCACUAUUCGCCAGCGGUGGUGAUUCAGGUGCAUGGAUACUUACAAAACUAGAAGACAGAGUGGGACUAGGUGUUCUUGGCAUGCUCCACUCAUAUGACGGAGAAAGGAAACAGUUUGGCCUGUUCACCCCAAUCGGCGAUAUAUUGGAACGACUUCAUACAGUAACGGGAAUAUAUUGGGACAUUGACAGAAUGGCUUAA